CUAAGCCUUGGUUUUCUUCAGUCAAUUUCUGACAUGAACUAAAGACGCGCGAUUUUUAUGUUUUUGCAAUAAUUUUUGAGUGUUACGUUGUGCUAAUGUAAAUUUGGUAAUUCUCAUGUUUUAGUUUACCAAACUGUGUAAAUAAUGAUUGCGAAGGUGCUAAACAGUGCUAAAAUACGUGGUGCAGAAACUAGUCUUUACAAAAUCCGUAGAAAUCUUAGUGUAAUUUAAUAGAAUACUGAACUCUAAUGUGAACUUAGUGUUUAAAUGAAUUAUUAUUUUAUUCAACAACAUAGACGUUGAAUGAUUUUUGAUGGUAACAGUUUUUACAUUAAGCGAUCAUGGCGCCAUCAAGCGGCGACCACGUGUACUCAUGCAUUACACGUCAAAGUCACCCGAUCGAGAGACCUACGAUUCUAACUUAAGCUACUCGGCUGAACCUGGAGAUGUAAUUGCUACAACAAAAGAAGAAGAAUGGGUGACGCGCAAGACAAGCGAGGUGACGACGACGCGGCAGAUUGCGACGCGGGUGAAGCGCGAACUGGUGCUGGAGGACGGUCGCAUAUUGCUCGACUCGGGACCAAAGAUAUCUACUUCCGUCAAUGAGGAUACACAUACUACCAACUUUCAACAGACCGAGCAUCGAGUACCCGAUGAUCAAAAUGGCGAAAAAGAAACGAAAACCAACGGCGGUGUACAGAUCGAAGCGGCAGAGGGAGCCACCGAGUUACCGCAAGAUGAACUCGCACCGAAUACGACUGGUGAAGUAGCGCCAUCUGGUGGCAAAGUGCUGGUUUCAUCUCGCGUAGUCGCCAACCCGGAGGGCAAGGUGCGCGAGAGUCACGACCUGAAAGUGCUCACGAGAAACAUCACUGAGCGUGUGCGAGAGACCGAGGAGCGGUUCCAUCAUGGCGACACUACACAUGAUGCGCUCAUAGCGGCAGUAAACGAGACGCCGGAGGAGGAUAUCCGCGAUGCUCUGAAGCAGCAGACAGAGCAGCAGCUGGCGCUGGUGCCACACGGACCGGAGCUAGUCAAGGACACCGUUGCAUACAACACCACUAUCAAGACUGAUGACACCAGGGAGCUGCGCGCGCUACGUCCGGACGGGACGCUGGUGACGGAGACGCGGCACACCAGAGAGGAGGAGCGACUCUGCGACGAGGACCUGCCCGAACAAGAGGCCGGUGGCAUUGCGAGCGACGAGAGCGUGGUAGAGGAGCGCGGCGGCACGGAGCGGCGCCGGCGCGAGGAUCUUGAGCGCAGCACCGACCUGAUGGCGGGUGGCCUGCGCCUCGCCACGCAGAUUCAUUCCAGAACACGCACUGAGGAAGUUGAAAGAGAAGGACAACCAAACAUGGAAGACGAUUGGGAUAGUUUAUCUGUGAGAUUGCGACGCCAGCGCCGCCUUCGUUUAAACGAUCAACAGGACUACGCGAAAAGACCCCUGGACUUCGAUAUCGAGGAGGAAACCCGCAAGAAGGAAACCUCCAAGUGGCUCGAGAGUCAUUUUGGCAGCGACUCCCGCUCCUCUCACGACUCCAUUGCGGAAGAAAUAGGACGAAGACCGGAACCAGCGUAUUACGUAAAAAAUAAAUCUGCCGAUGACGAGGGAUACUACGGAAAAACUUCGUCUUCGGUACCGCCUCCGGCUGCAUAUGGUGACAGAGUUCUUAGAAAAACAAAAUCUUCAACACCAUCUGACGAGCGUCCGACGGGACCGGUAAAUCGCACGGGUGGCUACUUUAAAGGUGUAGCCGAUUGGUCGCAACGUCGUGCCACUAAGCCGAGGAUGCCGGAACCGAGAAGUUCAUCACCGUCGCCCCCGGCCGUACGUUCGCCGUACGCCAGUGAUGAUCGAUUAAACGGGUCUUCGCCGCGGCACGUUUAUGGGAAGCGCGACUCGCCUCAAGGAAGGUCGUCGCCGAUCGGUCGCCGUCAUCCACCCUCACGAGAUGAUUCCGCUUACGUGUCUUCUUCGACGAUGCACAGUCCACCGCGUGGUUCGCCGUUUCGGCCGCUCGAAACGGAUCGAUCUUUCCGCGAGCCGUCCAUUGAAGACGAUUACAGGCAUCCCGUUGUUCCUGAACGUAAGCGACAUACUAAGCAACGCGUAUCUGAGGAGCACCGGUACGACAGCGGAUAUAGAAGUUCCUCCCGAAAUGGCAAUUCGGGACGGUCUCGAGACAGUCGCGAGGAGACUGUCGCGGAGCCACCACCGGAUUACUCUCCACCGCGAGAACGUCGUGGCAGCUUGGACAGGGAUCGAACACCACCGCGUCGUAGGGACGAACGUAAACAAAAUCAGAAAACGCGAUUCGCGGAAAACGAAGGUCGCCGGCGGCCAUCUCCUGUGAGGAAAUCGGUCGGUACCGCCAUAGGGAACUCGAUUAGGAAAUUGGUUGGAAAGAUUCGGUCGGCGUCAGCUGAGAGACGGACACGGUGGAGGAAUUCGCGGUCGCCGUCGCCGUCGCCGGAACAUUCGUCGCGGACGUACAAGCAAUACGGCGGCGAGCUGGCGCCCCCCGUCGCGCCGCCGCACCGGUAUUACCUCGGAGAAGACCCCUUCGCGCCCAGCAUCUACGGCCGAGAGCACAAGUACGAGGGCAGUUCGAGACGGGCUGCGACGAACGACACCCGCGAUCAUCGUGAUAGAGGUCAAUUUUCGAGCACACUCGGUCGAUUCAGUCACUCGACGAGCCGCUUGAAUCCGAACAGUGAGCCUGAGGAGGAGUACUCCCGCAGCGCGCAGACCUUGCCGCGGAAACUUCACGACCGCAAAGAGAAAACCACAGAGAAGCCGGCGACAAACAAAUAUUGGAAUCGCCUGUCGUCUAACAAGCGAUCAACGAGUGCCAUCAAUAUAUCGAACAAUCACGUGGCGCCGCCGCAAGAGGUCAAAAUCAACGGCUAUCCACCGGGUCCGGCUAAACCGGCGCGGACCUACAAAGGUUUGAACAGAAGCAAGAGCUUUGCUAUGGGCGCUCCUGAACAGGAGACGCAUCCACGUUACGUCACAGGCAUGAACCGCAACUACUCCACGAUGUACAAAUCGAAUCCGCAUUUAAGUAAACUCGACGAGACGCCGGAACAACUUAAGAGCCCCGGCAUCGUAUCCAUUAUUAACAGAAGUCAACGGGACCUAGCCGACGCUGUCUCUCGGGAGACUGAACGCAGACGUGACGGCUUGUUCGGAGCUAGGUACGGUAAAACUGCACCGAUUAGUAACGGUCACACGAAUGGGUAUAAUAAAUCCUACGAGGAAACCGAUAAGAAGAAAAUUUUCCUUAAAGGACUCCGCGAACGUGCCCCAGAUCUGUAUCAAACGUUACACGCCGACGAUGAAUCAGACGGAAGCAGAUUAUCGUCGAGAUAUGGAACCCCCUCCCCGCAUUACAAAGAGCGAAUAUCGGAGGAGCGAAAAAUCCCGCUUUACAAAACUGAAUCUUUGAACAGAGAAUCGAGUCCUUUCGUAUCGAGAUUGGAAACAAGAUUAAAAUCACCGGCAAUAAGGAGAGGUAGCAAUAGCAGCGAUAACUUUUCUGAAACGUACAGGUACACGACACGAUCAGGCGACCCGGAACGACCGAGUGUGACUGAUACCGUCGAGACAGUAAGUAAGAAAAUAGUACCAUCAAGAGACGGACGUUCGAAAGAGAUCAUAGAAUCUCGGGAAGUAAAUUCGGUUACAAAGAGCAGGGGUUAUAAAGGGGAACCAAUCUCCAGCGUUAAAUACUAUGAAAAUGGAAUACGUGCUUCACCGCCUGGCUAUGAACUCAAGAAUGGAUCAGCCCCUUUGUAUUCAGAACGAAGGAGUAGCAACUACAAGGUGAUAGAGAAGAUGAGAGAUUAUUAGUUACGUAAUUUUAUAAUCGUAACACUGAUUGCCAUAAACACUACGUUAUUGAUUUGAAAUUAUCCGAAAAAAAUUAUGAAGCAGAUUUAAAAUGGUCUAUAUUAUUUACGUCGUUGGGGAAAUAUUAAUAAAA